AUGACGUCCGGGAUACUUUUACUACUACUUUUGGGGGUCUGUUUGGCCGCGACGUACGAUGAGCGGUACCUCGAAGUGCCAUUGGACCACUUCAGUAUCUCCAAAAGCACCUUCAAGCUGCGCUACCUCGUCUACGAACAGGAUUACGUUAAAGGCGGCCCAACGUUCUUUUACUGCGGCAAUGAAGCCGACGUGAAAGUGUUUGUGGAAAACACCGGCUUUCUUUUCGACAUCGCGCCCGUUUUUAAUGCUCUAGUGGUGUUCGCAGAGCACAGGUACUACGGGGCGUCGUUACCCUUCGCAGCGUCAACGUUUAGCAAUGCCGCAAACAUGAGGUAUUUGACGACAUCCCAAGCACUCGCGGAUUUUGUCCUGGUCAUCGACCAAAUCACUGGGAAGUACUACCGCACCAUGCUUACCGACGAUACCUACCCCGUGGUAGCUUUCGGGGGUUCCUACGGAGGAAUGUUGGCCGCUUGGCUCCGCAUGAAAUACCCUCACGCGGUAAUCGGUGCGGUAGCGUCAUCUGCUCCGGUGUUGCAGCACCAGGUGCCCUGCUAUCUCUUCUACCAAGUCGUGACUAACUCUUUCGCCAAGUAUGACAACUGUAGCGCGUGGAUCGGGGAAUCUUGGAGAUUGUUACGCAAUUUGAGUAACAGCGAUAGCGGCAAGAGGAACAUAUCCGCGAUAUUCAAACUCUGCAAACCCCUCAAAACGGAACUGGACUUGAGCAAGAUGAUCGAUUGGUUGGGCGACGUCUACGUCGACAUGGCGAUGGUAAAUUAUCCGUAUCCGACCAAUUUCGUGACAGAAUUGCCCGCGCAUCCGGUAAAAGCUUUCUGCGACAAGAUGAGGAGCUUCGUGAAGGUGAACGAGACUGCGGGUCUCUUGGACGCCCUCGCCGAAGCCUUGCAGGUAUAUACCAAUGCCACGGGACGGAAAAGCUGCAACCGCUACGACACUACCCCGAACGAUCCGGUACAGUACGCGUGGGAUUACCAAGCGUGCGUCGAAUUAGUGAUGCCAAUGUGUUCUACUGAGAGGGACAUGUUUGAAGAAGCCACAUGGGACUUGGGGAAUUACUCGAAGGAAUGUUAUGGAAGAUACGGAGUGGGAUCCCCGAGACCGGAUUCGAUAAACCUCAAAUACGGUGGGGGGAAUCUACGUUACGCCUCCAACAUCCUGUUUACCAACGGCUUAAUGGAUCCGUGGUCGAGUGGGGGAGUACUGAGCAAUAUUUCGGAGACGGUACUGUCAAUUUUGAUUCCGGACGCGGUGCACCACUACGAUUUGAGAGGGGCCCACGCGACUGACUCGCAUGACGUCAUCGAGGCUAGAAACGCGAUCGUCAGCACCAUUAAGAAAUGGUUACGACUUUGA